AUGACUUGGUCGUUGAAGAAAAUUUUGAAUCUGAAAAACAGCCUCGGUUCGAUCUUUGAUAUUCGUAUUGGGGAUGGGUGUGGUACUCUCUUUUGGCACGAUCCUUGGUUUGAAAACCAGCCGUUGAUUACUAAGGAGGAAUUUCGAGGUUUGAGAAUAAGAAGGGAUUGUGCGGCUGCCACGAUUGGCGACAUUGAUGUUGGGCGUUGGGUUUCAAUUAUUAGACGGGUUCCGGAAGGAAGACGAGUAUUAGACUAUUUGAGUAGAAUUCAUCUAAGUGAUAGGGCUGAUGUUCACUCUUGGGCUGUCGAGGAAGAUGGUAAAUUGAAGUCGAGAAUAAUUUGGAAUGUUAUUAGAGAAAAAGGUCAAAUUGUCGAUUGGGUUGCUCUCGUUUGGUCUUCAAAAGUCAUUAUGAGGCAUCGUUUCAUCCUCUGGUUGGCUUUACGGGGUAGGCUUAACACCCGGGAUCGGAUUCUUGCCUACAUGGACAUUCCGGAUGCUAAUUGUUUGCUUUGUGAUGGGAAUACGGAGUCUAUUUGUCACUUGUUUGGGAGCUGCCCGUUUGUUAAGUCCCUUUGGAGUAAGUUCACGUUGGCUUUGGGAUUUGUUCAUUUAUCGGGUUCAUGGGAUGAGAUCAUUGUUGUUGCCCGCAUCAAGACUAAAGGUAAUAGAUUUCCAGCCAAUGUCUUCUAA